CUCUUCAAUUUUAUGAGUGUAGAAAGAUUUCCAUCGACUACCCAUCUGGAAAAAAGUCAGCUCUUGUUGUCAACGACACUCUUCAGAAGGUCUCCAAGGGAAUAAUGAGGAACAACAUACCAGCAAUAAUUGAUGCUCUGGCUAAUUCCUACCCAGAGGAACUUGUGGAUGGGGCAACAAAAUUGCUAGCAGCAGAAGCAAAGCAGUACUGUCAGAGACACAGUGGUUCUAUUUUAGAGAGAAAAUCUUUUGAGGAACUCCUGAGCUUUUCCUGGGAUUCUUUAUACAAGGACCUUGAGAGUAAAGCACCAAAUCUGCUGAAGUGUAUAUCAACACUAGUGUCUGACAAGCCAAUUAUUGCAGGAGAAAAGCAGUACAUACAAUUGCUACAUUCCAUUGCCACUGUGCUUCAUGCAAGAAAUCAAGAAAGUUCCGCACUGCAGUACCUUUGUGGAUUUCUUUUGAAACAUGGAGGGUGUACUCAAAGGGACAUUGAACGUCUGUGCAAGUUAGGAGUGACUGUGUCCCCAUUGUCAAUUCAGAAUAAGUUGGCCUCCUCACAUCAUAUUCUUGAUUGCAAAAUUAUGCAGUUGAAAGAAGACUGGGUGAAUCAAUGCACACAAGCAGCAAGGUAUCAGCUGGUUGGUGACAACUGGGACAAGGAUAUAUUGCUGUCCUAUAGAACAAGUGAACAGAGUACCCAGUCCCUCCAUCUAUUUAAUGUGCUGGCUGUUGUGGAUAGAGUACCAGUGGUUGAAGAGGAGAUGCAUCCUGUAAAUGAAGACAUCACCAUCUCUUCCUUUCUCCCUUCCUUGGAUGAACAAAAGAUUUUAGAAAAGGAGCUUGUUUUCCUAGUGGCUUCAAUACUGAUUGAGCAUAUACCUUCCCUUGAAUCUGAGUUGAAGGAUAUAUAUCCUGACCAUCUUCAGCAUGAAUUUAGUAAUUAUGCCGGGUUAAAAACCAAACAGUAUCCACUUGGGUUGUAUGACUGUGAUGAAAAGAAAACUGUGGAUGUUAUUCAACUUCUGCAGACACUUCAAAAGAAGUAUGUUCCUAUGAAAGAGGAUGGUACCUUUGUAGAACCCAUAUUUUUUGGUGGAGAUAGACUCACUGAUGAAAGAAUUCAGGGGGCACAAGCAGCAAUGAAGAAUGGAAAUACUGAGGCAUCAAGACUUGAAGGAUUUAUAUCAAAGAUUGAGGAUUUUCAUCGUUUAAUGAAUUUUAUGGAGGCAAUUUACAAACUGACGUACAACACCGAUUCAUCUAUGGAUCAAGGUACCAUGUCCUAUUACCGGAAUCUCCUGAAUUCACGAGAUGUUAAAGGAAAAGUGAAAAAUGCCUACAGGCCUCACAAAAUGCUGUAUUAUACAGUGUUGGAUGCCAUAUGCUGCGCCAUGUUUCUACAUUUGGAAGGUUUAAAUUCGAUACAAGAUUUCACAUUACCAGCAGACUUCAGAAAUUAUUCAACUGAUGAGCAGAUUGGUUGGUUAAAUAGCAAAACCCAAACUAUUGUGCAGAUGUUCUUCUUUGAAGAUGUGGAGGAUAUGAUGAAAGAUGUCCGUGAUAUUGUUACAGAUCCAAAUCAUCCCGAUAACUAUUGGGUUUCAAACAAAGUUGAAGAUCGCUUGCAGUGUCACCACUGCGAUAAAACAUAUGCAUGCGUGGGAAGUUUACAAAUUCACGAAGCCAAUCAGCAUCAAGUAUCACGUCCAAAGAAGAAAAUAGUAAAGUAUAAAGCUGAUGACUAG